ACGAGUGAGUCGGGUUCACAGACGCCAACGCUGGUGCUGCCCUCUAUAGUGAGCGACAGAUUCUGUGGCAUUCUUACGCUCGUCAAACAACAAAAGGCAUGUGAUAAACUUGCGCCGCGACGCUACAAGAAAGGCGGCACUAUCAAUGUGGAUGCAAACAUUGUGGAAGAAGUCGUUGAUGAACAGCAGAAACAAAUGGCUACUCAGCGCCGUGGAGCACAAUUCGGACUCUCCUCCAUGGCUCAGUAUUUCGGUGCUGCCCUCUUUGAUAAGCUUCCCGUUCUAUGGGAAGCUAUCAACCAUUGCUCACUCACUCAGGUGGCAGCAUCGUCCAGUCAGAAUGGGCUUUCAGGUGGUGAGGAACAAGCACGCGAGCUUGCAAACUCUCUACAUGUACUGGAGACUGUGGGACCUGCCCUCCAUCCACAGCUACAUGACAAACUGCUGGGACUGAGCCUACGCGUGUGCGACUGCCUGCGCGAUCGCUUCACGGCGGUGCGGCACCGCGCCGCACGCUGCCUCGCCAUGCUCGCAAAGGUCUGCGGCCUGCCCGCCAUGACGGUCGUGCUGGAGCAGGUGCUGCCUCUGCUGGGCGCGACGGACAGCGACGUCUGUCGACAGGGCGCCGUGGAAGCGCUGGCGAAUGUGAUCGAACUGCUGGACUUUGAAAUAGUGCCUUACAUCGUGUUGCUGGUGCUGCCCGUGCUGGGCCGCAUCAGUGACCACAACGAGAACAUUCGGCUGAUGGCCACACAGUGCUUUGCUUCUCUCAUACGUCUCAUGCCACUCGAGUCGGGCAUAGUGGAUCCGCCGGAGUUGAAGCCGUGCCUGGUAGAGCAGAAGGCUCGGCAGCGAUGCUUCAUGCAGCAGCUACUAGACAGCAACAAGGCGGACGACUACAAGGUUCCCGUGCCAAUACACGCUGAGCUGCGCAAAUACCAGCAGGAUGGCGUGAACUGGCUGGCAUUCCUCAAUAAGUACAAGCUGCAUGGUAUACUAUGUGAUGACAUGGGUCUAGGCAAAACUCUGCAGUCACUCUGCAUCCUAGCUGGCGAUCAUCACCUACGCGAAAAGGCCUACAAGGAGACGGGGAGCGCUGACUGCAUGCCGCUUCCCUCGAUCGUCGUCUGUCCGCCGACGCUGACCGGUCACUGGGUGUACGAGAUCCAGAAGUUUGUCGCCUGCCAGUACCUGAAUCCGCUGCACUACACGGGGCCGCCGGUGGAGCGAGCGCGUCUCAAGCCUCAGCUGAGACGCCACAACCUCGUCAUCGCCUCGUACGACAUCGUGCGCAACGACAUCGACUUCUUCAGCGGCGUGAAGUGGAACUACUGCAUCCUGGACGAGGGGCACAUCAUCAAGAACGGCAAGACGAAGAUCUCGAAGGCUGUGAAGCAGCUGCAGGCGUGCCACCGCCUCAUCCUCAGCGGCACGCCGAUACAGAACAACGUGCUCGAGCUGUGGUCGCUGUUCGACUUCCUCAUGCCGGGCCUGCUCGGCAGCGAGCGCGCGUUCACGGCACGCUACGGACGCCCCAUCCUACAGAGCCGCGACGCGAAGAGCUCCAUGAAAGAACAGGAAGCAGGUGUGCUGGCGAUGGAGGCGUUGCAUCGACAGGUGCUGCCGUUCUUGCUGCGUCGCAUGAAGGACGACGUUCUACAGGACCUGCCUCCAAAGAUCAUGCAGGAUUACUACUGUGAGCUGAGCACCCUACAGGUGCAGCUGUACGAGGACUUUGCUAAGAGUCGUGCGCGGGUGGACGCCGAGGAGCAGAUGGGAGCGAGUGAGGCUGCGCGUCCGCACUCGCACGUCUUCCAGUGCCUGCAGUACCUGCGCAAGGUCUGCAACCAUCCGCUGCUCGUGCUGCAGCCCGACCACCCGCUCUACCGCCAGAUCGCGGACCAGCUCGAUCGCACGGCUACGAGUCUGUGCAGCCUACAGCAUUCAGGCAAGCUGGUGGCGCUACGUCAGCUGCUGCAGGACUGCGGCAUCGGCGUGGGAGAGAGGGCGCCAGCGGAGGCUGUCGUCGGCGAGCACCGUGCUCUUGUUUUCUGUCAGUUCAAGAGCAUGCUGGACAUCGUGGAGAAACACCUGCUGAAGUAUGCCCACAUGCCCUCGCUCACCUACCUGCGGCUGGACGGCAGCAUCCCUGCCGGCUCUCGUCAUUCCAUUGUGAAUCGCUUCAACAACGACCCGUCGAUCGACGUGCUGCUGCUGACGACGCAUGUCGGCGGACUAGGUCUCAACCUCACCGGCGCCGACACGGUGAUAUUCGUCGAGCACGACUGGAACCCGAUGAAGGACCUACAGGCGAUGGAUAGAGCACAUCGUAUCGGUCAGAAGAAAGUUGUCAACGUCUACCGGCUCAUAACUAAAGGAACCCUGGAGGAGAAGAUAAUGAGUCUUCAAAAGUUCAAGAUCAACAUUGCAAACACUGUCAUAAGUCAGGACAACUCAAGUCUGCUCUCCAUGGCAACCGACCAGUUGUUAGACCUCUUCGCAUUGGACAAUGACUGGCAGGAGACGAAAGCUGACCAAUCAGAUGACUCGAGACAGUCGAUGAAGCAGGUUCUGGAGAACCUUGGAGAUCUGUGGGACGAGAAGCAGUAUGAAGAGGAGUAUGACCUUGGAACCUUUAUGCAGGCCUUGCACAAGUGAGAUGCAGUACAUUAGCACCUUUAUGCAGGCCUUGCACAAGUGAGAUGCCAUUACUUUUGCACAAAUCACAUCACAGGUUCCACAAUGCACACUCAUCCAUAGUUCCAUGGUUUUCAGUAUGAAUCUGAUAACUCAAAUCAUUGAUAUGCACACGUCGUAGUUUGACCGGCUUACAUCAUAUUGGCGGUUCGACGAGUGAUCGUACGGGACUGCGUUACAUUUUUCGAUGCCAAUAGUUUGUAGGCAAUCUCGUUCAUUCUUGGAGCCGUGGUAUUGUGGUCACUGCCAUAGAAUGCCAAUGCAGUACAUUGAAAGGUGGGCGUGUGACGGUCACGUGUCAGCCACGUGUCCUAAUGCAGCAGCGAUUGCAGCUUUUUGUAAUGGUCUUCUAAGUUAUGACAAAUUGUCGAUAGUUGCGUCUCUUUGUUGAUGUGCUAAAAGUACACAGACUACCUAGCGCACCCUCGCACAAUACGUGAGUCAAUAACGUACGAGCAAGCGAGGUAAUACGUGGCAAUACAGGGUUGCUAUUUUGGCAAUGCUGUCGUGGUGGCCUUUGUUUGUGUGAGCUCUUGUCUGUUGCUCGUUUUGGUUAACGGUCAUGUCAACAUUUAGGCGUGCGGUCACUUGUGUGGUUUAGUGUUUGGUUGUUCGAUAACACGAGGUGUAAUAACAGGUAUUAUUGUGUGUCGAUAUAUUUCUGUUUGAGUCAGUCGAAAUUGAUGUAUAGAGGGCACGUUAACUUACGAACAAGAGAGAUGGUUCUUGCCACUCGGUGGUUUCUGUUAGCUGGAUCCAAGACGAAGUCGGGUGUUUUUUUUUUACUCAUGAAGCUAUACUGUGCAAGAAAUCAUACCUUCGAUUCUAAGCCAAAGUGUACUUGAUGUAUUUAAUUAUUUUUUAGCAGAUGCACUGCUUAAAAUACAAGCAAUGAUGAGGUAUGGAUUCAUUCUAGCAACUCGAUCGUACUACUUAGUAUAAGUACUUUCAAGCAAACUGGAUCGUAAUGUGUAGCAUGCUCCACGUUCGUUUCGCGAAAUCGGCAUACAGAUCGUGAGUCAAUUUAACGUUACUUCAUUUGAUUUUGUAUUUUCAUACAAAAAAAUUAAUGGUGAUUAGCUCAAGGGGAUAGUGAGGCCCUGUGUGCACGCUACAUGUGACUGGCAAGAUGAGUGUUACGUGCAUGCUGUUAGUAGGAAUCUUCCAUGACGAAUAAACUAUAGCCAGGAAAUACAGUGAUAUGUUUCUGUAUAUUGUGAAAUAAAGUGAAGGUUCGUAGUUUAAAACA